AUGGACGAGGAUACCUGGAAUAGAAAUGCAAUUGACAACUAUGCACUUAAUGACGAUUAUUCUGUCGGAACACUCAACUGGAAUGUAAUGGCAAACAGCUCUAAACUACAUUGGAGUAAAGACAAAUGGCCGGAGAGGUAUGCGAGGCCGAACAGUUUAUCAGACGAUACAAGUUAUGACGGAGAUAGCCCGACCCGUCGCUAUGUUCGACCCAAUCGUGACCGAUGUUCCCCACCAGAGAGACGAUACAAUCCAAAUAUUCCACUGUUUGUUCUGACUGCAUGCAUAGUAGCAGUGAUUGUAGCUACUCCUCUGUUGAUUGUUUUCGUGUUCAGACAAGGAACCCCAAUCACUGAAGGAAAAGUAAGCUUGAAAUUGAAGUUGGCAGACCAGUUUCAGAGUGGCAUGGAGGAUUCUACAUCCGCUGCAUUCAAAUCGACAGCAGAUGAACUUUGUUCAGGGGCAAAGCAGGCAAUGACUUCAGAUUAUAGCUUCCCACGGGAUACCAGCUUUGGGUGCAAAGUAGAAUCGCUAAGACAAGGAAGCAUCAUUGUUGUACUUCUGGUCACCUUCAAUGUAUAUGGCAGUUACACAAUACCCGACAACGACGAAUAUGUCCAGACAAUAGUUUCAUACAUAGGAGCCGAUAUGAAACUGGGGUCAUUCACAGUUAUAAAUGGGUCCAUAGUUGUUAUUGCAGCUUCCUAUAAGACACAAGGGAUAGAAACCCGUGUUACAAAACCAACCACACCCGAACCUACAACAACAGAACCAAAGACGCCUACACCACCCGAAAUGCAACUCGUUAGCUCACUCUCAACUCCUAAUGGCGACCUCAUUAUUGAAUGCAAUGUCCACUACGCACCAAAAGCCUGGAAAACAGUCAAAUUGGUGUCCUCAGAUGCCAACACUGGAAUCUUAGCUUUCGGACAUGUAAAUGGAACGACACAAAGCGACAACAACGCGUACCAACUAAACUUUCAAGCUGAUGAUAGUAACGUUUCAAUUAGCCUACUCUUCCCCAACACAACGAAACACUGUUUUGCCAGGAGUAACUACACGUGUUCACUCUAUAGAAAUGAGGAUGUCUUUGUAGAGACAACGGAAUAUAUUUCCACCCCAGUUGAAGAAGCAGCACAGAAUCCUGGAAUAGGAGGAAUCACAACAGUGAACGAGGGUGACACAUAUACAGUUAACUGUUCCGGAGACCUGGCUCCGCCAUCUACUACACUCGACCUCUACACAAGAACGGCAAACGCCACAUCCUUUACAAAGUCCUCAGUCGAUGCCCUAGUUACUAUUGGUAAUAUCACCGAAUCCUGCUACCUCCAAACAACAAAGAGUUACAAUCUGAUUGCUGACAGAACAGAUAAUGGUACAGAGAUGAGGUGUGAGGCAGUUAACACAUCUCCAGGCUCACAGACGAUUUCGGAUUCACGAAUGAUUGUGGUGAACAUUGCCGAAAUGCAACUCGUUAGCUCACUCUCAUCUCCUAAUGGUGACCUCAUUAUUGAAUGCAAUGUCCACUACGCACCAAAAGCCUGGAAUACAGUCAAAUUGGUGUCCUCAGAUGCCAACACUGGGAUUUUAGCUGUCAGACAUGUAAAUGGAACGACACAAAGCGACAACAACGCGUACCAACUAAACUUUCAAGCUGAUGAUAGUAACGUUUCAAUAAGCCUACUCUUCCCCAACACAACGAAACACUGUUUUGCCAGGAGUAACUACACGUGUUCACUGUAUAGAAAUGAGGAUGUCUUUGUAGAGACAACGGAAUAUAUUUCCACCCCAGUUGAAGAAGCAGCACAGAAUCCUGAAAUAGAAGGAAUCACAACAGUGAACGCGGGUGACACAUAUACAGUUAACUGUUCCGGAGACCUGGCUCCGCCAUCUACUACACUCGACCUCUACACAAGAACGGCAAACGCCACAUCCUUUACAAAGACAUCAGUCAAUGCUCUAGUUACCAUUGGUAAUCUCACCGAAUCCUGCUACCUCCAAACAACAAAGAGUUAUAAUCUGAUUGCUGACAGAUCAGAUAAUGGUACAGAGAUGAGAUGUGAGGCAGUUAACACAUCUCCAGGCUCACGGACGAUUUCGGAUUCACGAAUGAUUGUGGUGAACGUUGCCGAGAUGCAGCUCGCUAGCUCACUCUCAUCUCCUCAUGGUGAUCUCAUUAUUGAAUGCAACGUUCCCUCCGCACCGAAAGCUUGGAAUACGAUCAAAUUGGUGUCUUCAGAGGCUAAAACUGGAGUUCUAGCUGUCGGACAUGUAAAUGGAACGAUACAAACCGACAACGACGUGUACCAGAUAACCGUUGAAGCUGACGAAAAUAAAGUUUCUAUAGGUCUACUGUUCCCCAACACAACGAAACACUGUUUUGCCAGAAGUAACUACACGUGUUCACUCUAUAUGAAUGAGGAUGUCUUUGUGGAGACAACAAAAUAUAUUUCCAUCCCAGUUGAAGAAGCAGCACAUAAUCCUGGAAUAGAUGUAAUCACAAAAGUGAACGAGGGUGACACAUAUACAGUGAACUGUUCCGGAGACCUGGCUCCGCCAUCUACUACACUCGACCUCUACACAAGAACAGCAAACGCCACAUCCUAUACAAAGUCCUCAGUCGAUGCUCUAGUUACUAUUGGUAAUCUCACCGAAUCGUGCUACCUCCAAACAACAAAGAGUUACAAUCUGAUUGCUGACAGAACAGAUAACGGUACGGAGAUGAGGUGUGAGGCAGUUAACACAUCUCCAGGCUCACAGACGAUUUCGGAUUCACGAAUGAUUGUGGUGAACGUUGCCGAAAUACAACUCGCUAGCUCACUCUCAUCUCCUAAUGGCGACCUCAUUAUUGAAUGCAAUGUCCACUACGCACCAAAAGCCUGGAAUACAGUCAAAUUGGUGUCCUCAGAUGCCAACACUGGAAUUUUAGCUGUCGGACAUGUAAAUGGAACGACACAAAGCGCCAACAAUGCGUACCAACUAAACUUUCAAGCUGAUCAUAGUAACGUUUCAAUUAGCCUACUCUUCCCCAACAGAACGAAACACUGUUUUGUCAGGAGUAACUACACGUGUUCACUCUAUAGAAAUGCGGAUGUCUUUGUAGAGACAACGGAAUUUAUUUCCACCCAAGUUGAAGAAGCAGCACAUAAUCCUGGAAUAGAUGGAAUCACAACAGUGAACGAGGGUGACACAUAUACAGUGAACUGUUCCGGAGACCUGGCUCCGCCAUCUACUACACUCGACCUCUACACAAGAACAGCAAACGCCACAUCCUUUACAAAGUCUUCAGUCGAUGCUCUAGUUACUAUUGGUAAUCUCACCGAAUCGUGCUACUUCCAAACAACAAAGAGUUACAAUCUGAUUUCUGACAGAACAGAUAACGGUACGGAGAUGAGGUGUGAGGCAGUUAACACAUCUCCAGGCUCACAGACGAUUUCGGAUUCACGAAUGAUUGUGGUGAACGUUGCCGAAAUACAACUCGCUAGCUCACUCUCAUCUCCUAAUGGCGACCUCAUUAUUGAAUGCAAUGUCCACUACGCACCAAAAGCCUGGAAUACAGUCAAAUUGGUGUCCUCAGAUGCCAACACUGGAAUUUUAGCUGUCGGACAUGUAAAUGGAACGACACAAAGCGCCAACAAUGCGUACCAACUAAACUUUCAAGCUGAUGAUAGUAACAUUUCAAUUAGCCUACUCUUCCCCAACACAACGAAACACUGUUUUGCCAGGAGUAACUACACGUGUUCACUCUAUAGAAAUGAGGAUGUCUUUGCAGAGACAACGGAAUUUAUUUCCACCCAAGUUGAAGAAGCAGCCCAAAAUCCUGAAAUAGAAGGAAUCACAACAGUGAACGAGGGUGACGCAUAUACAGUUAACUGUUCCGGAGACCUGGCUCCGCCAUCUACUACACUCGACCUCUACACAAGAACGGCAAACGCCACAUCCUUUACAAAGACAUCAGUCGAUGCCCUAGUUACUAUUGGUAAUCUCACCGAAUCCUGCUACCUCCAAACUACAAAGAGUUACAAUCUGAUUGCUGACAGAACAGAUAAUGGUACAGAGAUGAGGUGUGAGGCAGUUAACACAACACCAGGCUCACAGACGAUUUCCGAUUCACGAAUGAUUGUGGUGAACGUUGCCGAAAUGCAACUCGUUAGCUCACUCUCAACUCAAAAUAGCGACCUCAUUAUUGAAUGCAACAUCCACUACGCACCAAAAGCCUGGAAUACAGUCAAAUUGGUGUCCUCAGAUGCCAACACUGGAAUGUUAGCUGUCGGACAUGUAAAUGGAACGACACAAAGCGACAACAACGCGCACCAGCUAAACUUUCAAGCUGAUGAUAGUAACGUUUCACUUAGCCUACUCUUCCCCAACACAACGAAACACUGUUUUGCCAGAAGUAACUACACGUGUUCACUCUAUAGCAAUGAGGAUGUCAUUGUAGAGACAACGGAAUAUAUUUCCACCCCAGUUGAAGAAGCAGCCCAAAAUCCUGAAAUAGAAGGAAUCACAACAGUGAACGAGGGUGACGCAUAUACAGUUAACUGUUCCGGAGACCUGGCUCCGCCAUCUACUACACUCGACCUCUACACAAGAACGGCAAACGCCACAUCCUUUACAAAGUCCUCAGUCGAUGCCCUAGUUACUAUUGGUAAUCUCACCGAAUCCUGCUACCUCCAAACUACAAAGAGUUACAAUCUGAUUGCUGACAGAACAGAUAAUGGUACAGAGAUGAGGUGUGAGGCAGUUAACACAUCACCAGGCUCACAGACGAUUUCCGAUUCACGAAUGAUUGUGGUGAACGUUGCCGAAAUGCAACUCGUUAGCUCACUCUCAACUCAAAAUAGCGACCUCAUUAUUGAAUGCAACAUCCACUACGCACCAAAAGCCUGGAAUACAGUCAAAUUGGUGUCCUCAGAUGCCAACACUGGAAUGUUAGCUGUCGGACAUGUAAAUGGAACGACACAAAGCGACAACAACGCGCACCAGCUAAACUUUCAAGCUGAUGAUAGUAACGUUUCACUUAGCCUACUCUUCCCCAACACAACGAAACACUGUUUUGCCAGAAGUAACUACACGUGUUCACUCUAUAGCAAUGAGGAUGUCAUUGUAGAGACAACGGAAUAUAUUUCCACCCCAGUUGAAGAAGCAGCACAAAAUCCUGAAAUAGAAGGAAUCACAACAGUGAACGAGGGUGACACAUAUACAGUUAACUGUUCCGGAGACCUGGCUCCGCCAUCUACUACACUCGACCUCUACACGAGAACGGCAAACGCCACCUCCUAUACCAAGUCAUCAGUCGAUGCUCUAGUUACUAUUGGUAAUCUCACCGAAUCCUGCUACCUCCAAACAACAAAGAGUUACAAUCUGAUUGCUGGCAGAACAGAUAAUGGUACAGAGAUGAGGUGUGAGGCAGUUAAUACAUCUCCAGGCUCACAGACGAUUUCGGAUUCACGAAUGAUUGUGGUGAACGUUGCAGAAAUGCAACUUGUUAGCUCACUCUCAUCUCCUAAUGGCGACCUCAUUAUUGAAUGCAAUGUCCACUACGCACCAAAAGCCUGGAAUACAGUCAAAUUGAUGUCCUCAGAUGCCAACACUGGAAUUUUAGCUGUCGGACAUGUGAAUGGAACGACCCAAAGCGACAACAACGCGUUCCAAUUAAACUUUCAAGCUAAUGAUAGUAACGUUUCAAUAAGCUUAGUCUUCCCCAACACAACGAAACACUGUUUUGCCAGGAGUAACUACACGUGUUCACUCUAUAGAAAUGAGGAUGUCUUUGUAGAGACAACGGAAUAUAUUUCCACCCCAGUUGAAGAAGCAGCACAAAAUCCUGAAAUAGAAGGAUUCACAAUAGUGAACGAGGGUGACACAUAUACAGUUAACUGUUCCGGAGACCUGGCUCCGCCAUCUACUACACUCGACCUCUACACAAGAACGGCAAACGCCACAUCCUUUACAAAGUCCUCAGUCGAUGCCUUAGUUACUAUUGGUAAUCUCACCGAAUCCUGCUACCUCCAAACAAUAAAGAGUUACAAUCUGAUUGCGGACAGAACAGAUAAUGGUACAGAGAUGAGGUGUGAGGCAGUUAACACAUCACCAGGCUCACAGACGAUUUCAGAUUCACGAAUGAUCGUGGUGAACGUUGCCGAAAUGCAACUCGUUAGCUCACUCUCAUCUCCUAAUGGCGACCUCAUUAUUGAAUGCAAUGUCCACUACGCACCAAAAGCCUGGAAUACAGUCAAAUUGGUGUCCUCAGAUGCCAACACUGGAAUUUUAGCUGUCGGACAUGUAAAUGGAACGACACAAAGCGACAACAACGCGUACCAACUAAACUUUCAAGCUGAUGAUAGUAACGUUUCAAUAAGCCUACUCUUCCCCAACACAACGAAACACUGUUUUGCCAGGAGUAACUACACGUGUUCACUCUAUAGAAAUGAGGAUGUCUUUGUAGAGACAACGGAAUAUAUUUCCACCCCAGUUGAAGAAGCAGCACAGAAUCCUGAAAUAGAAGGAAUCACAACAGUGAACGAGGGUGACACAUAUACAGUUAACUGUUCCGGAGACCUGGCUCCGCCAUCUACUACACUCGACCUCUACACAAGAACGGCAAACGCCACAUCCUUUACAAAGUCCUCAGUCGAUGCUCUUGUUACUAUUGGUAAUCUCACCGAAUCCUGCUACCUCCAAACAACAAAGAGUUACAAUCUGAUUGCUGACAGAACAGAUAAUGGUACAGAGAUGAGGUGUGAGGCAGUUAACACAUCACCAGGCUCACAGACGGUUUCAGAUUCACGAAUGAUUGUGGUGAACGUUGCCGAAAUGCAACUUGCCAGCUCGCUCUCAUCUCCUAAUGGUGACCUCAUUAUUGAAUGCAAUGCCAAAUUCGCGCCAAAAGACUGGAGUGAGUUGAAAUUGAUGUCAAAUAGCACCAAUAUCGGGGUUGUAGCUGUUGGCUAUGUAAAUGGAUCGGCACAAAAGGACAACAGUUCGUACCAAAUGACCUUUCAAUCUGCCGAGAGUAACGCAUCAAUAAGCCUACUCUUCCCCAACACAACUAAACACUGUUUUGUUGGAAGUGACUACACGUGUUCACUCUAUAGAAAUGGGGAUAUCGUUGUAGAAACUACUGAAUAUAUUUCCAUCCCAGCUAUAGAUGCCGCUGAAAACGUUGUAAUUUUUGGAAAUACUACGUUGAAUGAAGGAGACAAAUACGAAGUAAAUUGUACCGGGGACCUGGCACCACCGUCUAGUACACUGGACCUGUACAUCAAAGCAGUGAACGCCACGUCUUUUAAAAAGUCUUCGGCAUCGCCUCAAAUUACAAUUGACAAACUGACUGAUGUUUGUUACCUUCAAACAACAAAGAGUUACACGUUAGUUGCCGACAGAGAUGUCAACGGAACACAACUAAAGUGUGAGGGAAUAAAUGCAACUGCAGUUUCUGGAAUAAAGUCACUCAUAGUACGAAUCGCCGAGAUGGAAAUGAAUGAUUCUAUAACAACUCCCGGAGAGGAGAUGACCAUCAGCUGUAACAUCCGGUAUGCUCCAUCUGGCUGGGAAGAGUUUAGUAUUGUGUCAGAAGAUAAUACUGACAUACAUGGUAGAGCCUUUCCAAACGGAACUAUUGUCCAGGGCAAUAGUACAUAUAUAGUUGGAUUACAACAGAACAGCGAGGACAUGACACUCAGCAUUAUGUUUCCUAACACCACUACCCACUGUACCGCGAGAGGACGCUACGUGUGUAGAUUAACAUUUAUGGGAAGUGAGGUCAUCAAUGAUACAGCAACAGCUAUCAUUUCAGAUCUCGCCAGUGGGCUUGUACUUGAAGGGAACAAUACAGUUCAGGAAGGUGAACGGUAUACUUUGAACUGCUCUGGAAAAGUAGCUACAGAAGGAGGAGAUCUCGAACUUUAUGUACGCUUCAGGAACACUUCAGACUUCGUCAGGUUUACUGAAGUUCCCACAAUAGCUAUUGGUGAAAAUGAUGACUCCUGCUAUCAAACUAUAACCAAGACUUACGAGCUCAUUGCUGAGACGGUCCAGAAUGGUUCGGAAUUCCAAUGCGUGGCCACUAAUAAUAAACUUACCUCCUACCAAAUCAGCAGCACCAUUGAUAUGGUAGUUGAUUUUGCAGAUUUCAGCACUAGUUUUCAUUUGCAAAACACUACAUGGGUCCCUGCCUAUGGCGACAAAAACAGUCCGGAAUUCAAAGCUUUCGCUGAAAGCAUAGAAAACGAUACAGACUACGUGUACAGCCAAAGCCCCUUGAAGGAUAACUUCCAGAGAAGUAAAGUCAUCGAACUCAAACCUGGAAGUGUAUUCGCCGUGAUCGUGAUGUUUAUACACUUGGAGUUGAUAAUCGAUGAUGGUUCAAGCAAUAUAAUCACAACAAAACUGACGCCCUCUGACAUUAUAUCAGCAUUCACGGACACCCUACCCUUGGUUUCUAACAAUCUGUCUAACAGUACUAUUUUACAAGUAGAUACCAACAGCAUUAUCGGUGAAAUUGUUAUAACAGAUGCUGAGGAUGACUUCGACUGUGUUACGCGGACCGAUGUUGUAUUUCUCCUGGAUGCAUCCGGAAGUAUUGGAAGUAGUAACUUCAUACUAAUGAAAUAUUUCAUUAAAAACUACACUGCGAAUAUUUUGUUGGGUAGUAACGCUAUUCAGAUUGGUAUUGCCAAGUUUUCCACCAGCGCGAGCAAUGAAUUCUGGCUAAAUGAACAUCAUGGAGCAUUGACUAUUAAUCCGGCGAUAGAUGAUAUAGUGUACACCGGCGGAAAUACAUAUAUAGCCGGGGGACUAGAGUUUGUUAGAUCUUAUUCGCUUGCCACUGCGAAUGGAGCAAGACAGGACGCUUCGAAGGUAAUCAUUCUUAUGACUGAUGGAAUAGCGCAUGAUCACCCGGCAACAAUCGCCAGUACACUAAGAGAUGAGGGCGUCCUCAUAGCUUGCGUGGGAAUAGGGAAUGGAAUUAAUAUGCAGGAGUUAAACAACAUCGCAUACAACUCCUCCUUCAUCUUUUUGGCGUCCGAUUUCAACGUGUUAGCACAGAUUGCGGAAACGGUGAAAGGAUCAUCAUGUAAAUUUGAUAACGGCUCCGGAAAUCAAUUUAAUUGAGCAAUAUAGACACGAUGAACAGAGAAGAGAAUGUAGAUGUGAGGAAAAUCAUAAAACUUUGAGAAACGAUAAAUGCAAAAAGGUAACACAGAGCUUAUAAAUAUUAGGGUAAGAACCCCCAUUAAUCAUAUUAAGGUUUUUUAACCAAUUAAAAAGCAUCCAACAUUGUAGGAAGGAUACAGCGGUUUAUCACUUUUAAGAUAAAAGAGAUAUAUCUGUUAUAUCCGAUACAUAACUUGUAAUCCUCUGUUAUCCUGGUUAUGUAGUUGAUGAAAAAAACAUGAACGUAUUAUUUUCUCACACCUUUGCCUAUGUAAAAUACAUUUGUUCCAUGUGGAACACCAAUAUCUGUAUCCAACAUGAGUUCACUAAGUGACCUCGUCAACUUAAGUGCAACUUGGCAGUGGACAGAAGUUACGUUAGAAAACACUCAUAUUCGAUUCAGGCUCAGAUUGAGCCGUGCCCUAAACCUACUCAGUGGGAUAGACUUACUAAAUGCCGCACACCAAAACUGUGUGACGUCACUUGGAAAACCCUUCUGUUUGUUUAUAUGUGUAUUAACUUUCACAAAUGCACUGUAUCAUUUUUUCUUUAUUUCAUUUCAACAAAUACUUAAUUGUAAUCAUUGACCUAUUUAUACAGAAUGCAUUCCAUCAUAUUGUUGUUAUUUGUCGAGAUAUUGUUUUUUGCAUCGGAAGACUAGAUAGCUUUCGUUGUGCAAGCAAGCACAGGCACAUGCGGUGGAAUAUGACUUGAUGUCGACAGUUUCCGGAAAGCCGAACUCCUUUUUUCUUAUCUUUUCAAAUUUGUAAUUGGUUUUAUUGUCAGUCACCGAGAGAAAAAAACUUCUCUGUGCUUUCGCCAUUUUGGAUAUAUUUCUUCAUGCAUAUCACUAAACAGGUGUGAGAAAAAUAGUCCAUCAUAAGUUAGGUAUGGGGAUAGGGAGUGUCUAUCAUCGGUUGUAGAAUGUGAGGCAAGCCUCGGUUCUGACCGCAAAUUCCAAACAAUGGGUAGACGUUCCCACAUACAUAUGUACCUGCAUAUGAUGGACUCUGGUUCAUUAUAUAUUUCGUUGUAAUUCCUUUUGUGAAACAUUUUGUUACUAUGUUACAUUACGCAAUAUAUUUUGUCAUCGUAAAUCAUUAGUGUUAUAAUUUACUAUAUUGGUUGAUUAUGUUAUAUAUAUUGUCAUUGCUUUUCAUAACGUUAUAUUUACAUUCUAUGUUGCAAUUGUCUAUAUGUCGUUAUAAAACCAAAUUGUAGCUUUGAGACUGUAUACUUUAUUUUACAGUGAUUUGAUGAGUAUGUUCAUGGUAAAACAAAUUUCAAAUAGCUGCCAAUUACUUUCGGUACACUAUCAACAGAACAAGGGAGCCUUAAAAUGUGUUAGCAUUUAGUAACAUCAACCACAAAAAAACGAAGACAAAAACCAUCACAGUUAUUACGCUGAAUAUUCAUUACAAGAAAUGUAGUUUUCACAAAAAUAUUAUAAGCGUUAUUCUAGAUACAAAAAUUACAAAAUUUAUUGACGUCGUCAUAGGGGCUCGUUUCCGAAUUUCAAGAAAUGUAAGACAUGGGGACAGCAAAAGUCAAGCAUUUAUAAAAACCUUUUGAAAAUCUGGGACAUCGUUAUGGUUUUCAGAUGGGUAUACAUGUAUAUAUGUACUGAAUUUUAUUGCUGUGGUUAUUCAGUGAUGUCAACUCCAAAAUCCGAAACCGAACCCAAUGAAAACCGUCUUCUACCUAGAGACACUGAUUUGACCGAUUUGAAAUCCAAUCUCUUUCAAUAUCCUUCGAAUGUUUUUCACCUACUGUCAGGAUGACUUUCAUUUGGAGUUUAAGAGCCGAAAAUAACGCAAAUUAUGUCGAAAGAAACAUAACCGUUUCUGAGGAAACAAAAGAAUCCACCCGGUGCAAUACACGUUCAACGCCAGAACACUUCUAAAUGAUAAUUAUAUAUCAGUGCGCCAAAAUCCUCUCUAAUUAUCACACAAAAAAUGCCUACUUAGCAGCCAAACAUAGAUCAGUAGAGGAAUAAGGUUUUAUUCACAUUUGUUACACAACAUGUGUCAUAAAACAACACAGAAUACCUUGCCGUUUUGGUAUAGAAUGUACAAUAAAAACCCCUCAGAACAAAUAUUUAGAUGCCGUCUCCUCUUCUGCACAAUACCACCUGAUCGGCAAAUCAUAGCGAAUUCUCGCGCGACCACAUUAAAUUACAAUGUCACGUUUUCAAAAUGAAAUCUGGGGUUCCGUGAUUAAUUAAAUCAGACUUUGUGGAGCUUUAAACAGAUCUGGCUUCAUUUAAAAUGUAAUAAUGCUUUAAAUUUAACACUGAAAUAAAAUAUAUAUUAAGUUUAGCGUUUCUUUGACGCUAUAUAGCCAAUAUAAUCAUACAUGCGAUGUCAACUUGAAACUGAAAUGUUUUAAAUGUGUAUUCCGCAAACGAUAUUAUCGAUAUGCUUGCAUCAUACCACUAAUAAUUAAUAGAUAUGAUUAAUCAUUAUGGUCUUUUAGAGUUAAUCGGUAUACUGGAGUAUUGGGAUAUAUAAAUGUUUUCUUUUGUAUAAAUUGUGUAAGUCAUCAUUUCAAUUUUCUACGUGUACUAUAAGUAUAUCCCACCCACUCAAUUUUGUCUUCAUGGUAUAAUAUUAAAUCCACUAUAUUUACUAGAACGUAUGCUACGUAAAUAUGUUAAUACGGUAUAUUUAUACCAAAUGUAUGUACUGAUAUCGACUGUUAUUGUACAUUCCUUUUUUAUAUUUUUUUUUUUAUAUUUUUUUUUUUUUUUAUUUUUCAUUUUUGUGCAUAUGUACUUGUUAGUCAUAUUAAUAGACAAGAUGUGGAUCACAAAAGAUAACGUCCCUAUAUCUAAUUGUACAGGGAAAAGCAGUAAUAAUCUUUUGACAUGAAUAUACAUCAAUUACAUCAUUGUUAUACAUUUGGGUCAAGGGCUUCACCAACCGGGGAGAAACGAUUUCAAUGAAAAUAACGACAAUAAUCUUUUGUGUAGAAAAUAAUGUAACAAACUGAAGGUGUGUUUAUUUAGGCAGAAUGCACUCUCACAAAUCGAAGUUAUCUAGCUUAGUCUAUAACUAAGGAUAAACAUGUCUUACAAUACGACACAUUAUGAUUUGAAGUGUGACAAAACCCCUUUUAAGGACACUUAUUUAACAGGCCUAUAUUUAAUGAAAUAAAGCCAAUGUUUGGCCCCUGCUUUUGGGAUACUAAUUUAACAAACCUAUGUUUAAUGCAAUAAAGUCAAUAUUUGACCCCUGCAUUAGAGAUAAUAAUUGAACACGCCUAUGUUUAAUGCAAUAAAUUUAAUGUUUUACCUCUGAUUUAGGGACACUAACUUAACAAACAUAUAUUCAAUGCAAUAAAGUCAAUAUUUGACCCCGGUUAGUGAAAGCAGAAUUACGUUUUUGGUUAUGAUAUACGACAAAUAUACGAAUUUUGAUAAUUGAAAUGUUAGGGCGAGUGUCGAGAUGACCACCAUUUCCAAGUAAACAUAUCAGGAAUCAUACGCGCCAAUACCUGCAUUCAUUGGGCAGUUAUCUUAUUGUCCACGGUGGUUUAGACAAUAUAAAAAAGGCACGUUUACCUUGACAAUUUGCCAUUCUGCUUGUCGCCUUUCCUGUAUAGGAUAAAACUUUUAUUGUUUUAAAGAUAUCGCUUAUAUUUAAUAUUGUACGGCUAAGCUUCCACGUAAUCACAUUAUAGUAGUUAUUCUUACAAAACGUAGCUCUCUAUAAAACCUUCUUGUUAUUUACUGAAAAAAAAAUUAUAGUUAUAUUGAAUAUGAAUUGUUGUAAUUAAUUCAAGAUAUGUAUUGAGAAACGGAUAAGCGUAAUGAUAAACGAAACUGUUAAUGUCCAUGGUAAUUGUUGUAUACGUCUUAUUUGGUUUUAAUUCAAGUAUUGUUUGAAGUAUUGUUAUUUGGUAUUAUUGUAUAUUGAUUCAUUCUUUAUCACAAAUAAAAUAUAGAAGCUGCCA